AUGCCUACCACACGUGCCAAUGCCGCAUCAGAGGCUGCCAAGCACGAGGAGUUCAGCGCCCGGAAGCCCGCCUCCGAGCCUCUCACAAGAAAGGGCCACGCCGUUGGUACCAAGGUUGGCAAUGAUGCCAUCCCAGAGUACCACGCCGAGGUCUUCCCUGCCGGCACCGCCCCGCAAGAGUUCUCGCACCACGCCAACACCGAGGGCGAGGUUCCCGGCCAGGCCUUCAAUGAGUUCGACACCACACGCACAAGCGCGAGUGACACCCUGACCGGCGCCGAUUCGCAGACCCUCAACAAGGGACUUGGCAAGCCCGUGAAAGGCCAGGAGGAGAACAAGAUGAAGGGCGGCCACAGUCGUUCAAGUGGUAGGAAGAGUGGUGGCUUGGCUGGCGUCGGCGCUCCCGCUGGUAUUGACAGUGCCAGGCUACAGGGAGCCGAUUUGGGGAAGCAUCACAAGGGUCUGGGAGAGCAUCCCAGCGCCACGGAGGAGUUCCCGCAGUCGGCCGAGCAGCUUGCUUCGGAGCGACACUAG